AUGGAAUUCGUGAGCUGGGAAAAUCGGACCCGCAUUUUCCAGGGCCUCCGAAAGCGCACAAGACACCAAGCUGCAGGGCUUUGCUGUUACCUUUACCGUAUCUCCGGACGGUCCUUUACGAAGAAAGAAUUUUUUUUCGAUUCUCUCGGCAACAAUUAUAUCUAUCUAUCUAUCUAUCUAUCUAUCUAUCUAUCUAUCUAUCUAUCUAUCUGUGUGGAUGUGUACCUAGAAUUCUAUCUAUCUAUCUAUCUAUCUAUCUAUCUAUCUAUCUAUCUAUCUAUCUAUCUAUGUAAUUAUUAUAUCCAUUCUAUCUAUCUAUCCAUCUAUCUAUCUAUCUGUGUGGAUGUGGUACUAGAAUUCUAUCUAUCUAUCUAUCCAUCCAUCUAUCCAUCCAUCUAUCUAUGUGUGUGGAUGUACCCAGAAUCUAUCCAUCCAUCCAUCCAUCUAUCUAUCUAUCUAUCUAUGUGUGGAGAUGUACGUAGAAUUAUAUCUAUUCAUUCAUCUAUCUAUCUAUCUAUCUAUCUAUCUAUCUAUCUGUGUGGAUGUGUACCUAGAAUUCUAUAUCUAUUCGAUAUCUAUCUAUAUCAUAUCUAUCUAUCUAUCUAUCUAUCUAUCUAUCUUCCGUGUCUUUCUUUCUAUCUAUCUAUCUAUCUAUCUAUCUAUCUAUCUAUCUAUCUAUCUAUCUAUCUCAGUCUGUUCAUAAUCUAUCUAUCUAUCUAUUCAGUCUAUAAAAUCUAUCUAUCUAUCUAUCUCAGUCUGUUCAUAAUCUAUCUAUCUAUCUAUCUAUCUCAGUCUUCUGUUCAUAAUCUAUCUAUCUAUCUAUCUAUCUAUCUAUCUAUCUAUCUAUCUAUCUAUCUAUCUAUCUAUCUCAGUCUGUUCAUAAUCUAUCUAUCUAUCUAUCUAUCUAUCUAUCUAUCUAUCUAUCUAUCGUGGUCUAUCUGUCUAUUGUCCAGAAAAUGCUAUCGAUCACCCAGACGGACAGAGACUUGUCAGUUCGAGGGAAAAAAUAUCACCCACCUUAAGUUGUAUAACCGUCUGACUCCAGCCUCUCUUUCUUUAUUUCUUUUCUUUCUUUUUCUUUCUUUCUUUCUUUCUUUCUUUUUUCUUUGUUUUUUCUUUCUUUAUUUAUUUUUCUCUCUAUAUAUAUAG